AUGACUCUAUCUAUUAAAGUAUCACAUACUAAAUUUCCGUCGUUAUCAUUAUCCCCAUUAGUCCUAGAUGAUGCUUCGGAAAUGUUCGUACAUCUGAAUGACGAAGAAACAAUAAAAUAUUUAAUUGGUCCACCAUAUCCCAUAACAAUCGAACAAAUUAGAGCAUAUAUUUCUUCUCGUCCGUUGGUCAAUGGACAAGCUUCGACAUUCGCUAUUCGUGAUCAAAAUCGAAUGAUUGGUGAAGUCAGUUUAGUGCCUAAGACAGCUGCUGGUACUUACGAGCUUGGAUAUUAUCUCGCUCGUCCCUAUUGGUGCAAUGGCAUUGCGACUGCAGCAGUAAAAACGUUUCUCAACGAAAUUCACGCAGAUAAGAACACUCGAAUCGAAGCAGGAUAUCUUGCUGAUAACAUUGCAAGCGAGAAAAUUUUACUAAAAUGUGGUUUCACAAAGAUAGGCUAUGAACAACGAGCAAAAAACGGGCUGAUAUAUCAAGGUGUGAAAAUGGUACGAACGAUUGUAUCCUAA